AUGUACACAGUAAUAGAGAGAUAUUAUACUCCAAUUGACAGGUUUAUUAAUAAAAUUAAAAGAAAAGGGUUUUGGUUAUACACUGGGUUAAUUACAUUAUCAUUUGUAUACGUAAUAUUUUCCAUUUCUAAUUUACCUUCCUUACCACCACCACCACCUUCCCCAUCAAGUAAACGGAAAAAGGAUAAGAUGGUUUCAAAAUCAACAAAGAAACGGAUUGAAAAUGAGGAUGAAGUGGAAUUGGGACCUUCUGAUCCAAUUAUCCCUCUUGAACAGACCCAUGCUAAUGAUCAUAUUAUAAAUUCUUGGUCAAAAAGACAAUUAUAUCAAUUUUUAUUUGAAGAAAAGAUUUAUCCUGAUGUCAAUGAAGAUUUGAAUACAAUUAAGAAACAAGUUAUUGAGAUUUAUGAGUUUAAAAAGCAACAUGGUACAUUAGACAAGAAGUAUAUUUAA